AUGACAUUGAGCGCGCUAAGGGCCAGGCGGUGCAGUUCUACUUGCAGCGGAAAUCAGGGCCAAACUCCCAAUGGGCAUGUUAAGGAUGUCAAGCCCAGUGAAGGGCAACAAGAACAAUAUCCCACGUCAUUCCACAAAAUUGUGGAGCUCAUUGCCACUGGGCAAGAGUCUAAUAUACCUGGCAUUCGUGAUAUUCCCCUUCAGAUCAAUUCUCAGCUACCCAGUAAGUCGAAGAUGGAAUGCCCCAAAAAGCCAUGGGAGUAG